CUUGCAUCUUUAAUGGACAAAACAUAUGAGAAAAAUUUUCCUGUUAGUUCUUUGACAAUAUCACGGUUUGUGGACAAUAUCUCAUCGCGAGAAGAAAUAGACCAUGCAGAAUAUUACCUUUACAAAUUUCGACACAGUCCCAACUGCUUGUACCUAAGAGCUUGGACUAUCCACACGUGGAUUAGGCAGUGUCUAAAAUAUGGUGCCCAAGACAAAGCCUUGUAUACCCUUGUCAAUAAGGUUCAAUAUGGAAUUUUUCCAGAUAAUUUUACAUUCAACUUAUUGCUGGAUUCUUUCAUAAAGAAAGAAAAUUACAAAGAUGCUUUAUCUGUGGUUUUUGAGAUCAUGAAGCAAGAAGAAUUUGAAUUGCCCUCCACUCAGCUCCUUUCUCUCUAUGUUUUAUAUCAUUGCCUGGCAGAGAAGACCAACCUCAGCUGUGAAGAGGAGAGGAACUUUGGUGCAUCCCUGUUACUUCCAGGCCUAAAACAGAAGAACUCAGUGGGUGUGAGUUCGCAGUUAUAUGGCUAUGCCCUUCUUGGAAAGGUGGAAAUGCAGCACGGACUUCGGGCUGUGUACCCCAACAUGCCUCUGAUAUGGAAACCAGGCUACCUGGACCGAGCCCUUCAAGUGAUGGAGAAGGUGGCCUCCUCCCCAGAGGACACAAAGCUCUGUGGAGAAGCGCUUGUAGUGCUGGAUAGAACUCUGAAGGCAGUGACUUCUCCAGCUGAGGAGUCUUCAGAGAAACCUCCCCCAGAAGGUGGAGACGGCCCAGCCUCAGAUAAUGUGGUGGAGCAGCUGGACAUAGAGGAACCAGAAGCGUCCAAGCUUCCCCAGUACCUGGAGCGCUUCAAGGUCUCUCAGUCUAAGCUGCAGGCUCUGGGCAAAAUUGAGUCAGAAAGCCUUUUAACUCUGACCACCCAACUUGUCAAAGAGAAGCUUCCAGCCUGUGAGCCCAAGGACCUCGCCGCCUAUGAGCAAAAACUGCAGGAGUGGCAUGUGGCACGGAUGAAUUUGAUACAGAAAGAGCAGGAGCAGAGGGAGAAAGCGAAGCAAGAGUACCAGGCCCAGAAAGCAGCCAAGGCAGCAGCCUAGUGCACGCAGGCCAGCCAUCAUGCAAGGACCUCCCACAGCUGCUGCCGCACUCAGCAGAGACGGGUGGGCCCUCAACCUCUUCUCUCGGGGUGUUUUUGUUUUUUGUUUUGUUUUGUCUUUUUGAGACAGGGUUUCUCUAUGCAGU